AUGAUGCUGCCGUCCCUCGGAGACUCAAUCAGCGAGGGAACGCUGAGCGAGUGGAAGAAGGCAGUGGGUGACAGCAUCUCGGUGGACGAGCCGCUGGCCAUCGUGGAGACGGACAAGGUCACCGUGGACAUCAACAGUACGAUGGAAGGAGUGAUCGUCAAGCAGCACUACGAGGAGGAAGACACUGUGUUCGUCGGCAAGCCCUUCAUUGACGUCGACACCGGGGCUCAGGCCGGCAGUGCCGCGGUUCCCGAAAGCGCGCCAGAAGUUGAGGUAGCGGCCCCGGAGGAAGUAGCCGCCAAGGAAACGAAAGUCGAGGAGCCUGUAGCUGAGACCAAACCAGUGGAGGAAUCUCCCACCGAAACUAGGGUACAAAUGACCCGCAUGCGCAAGCGCAUUGGAGAGAGGCUGAAGGAGUCCCAGCAGACGACGGUGAUGCUCACCACCUUCAACGAGUGCGACAUGGGCGCCGUGAUGGACCUCCGCAAAGAGCUUAACGAAUCAGGGAAGUUCCCGGUGAAACUGGGUUUCGUCUCCGCCUACCUCAAGGCCGCCACUAUGGCGCUGCUGAAGAUGCCCAUCAUGAACUCGUACAUCGAGGGUGACGACAUCGUCACCAAGCACUUCGUGGACAUCUCUGUGGCCGUGGCCACUCCCACUGGGCUGGUGGUGCCCGUCAUUCGCAACUGCGAGGAUAAGACCUGGGCUGAGUUGGAGGAGCAGCUCGGCGACGCGGCUAAGAAGGGCCGCGAGGGCCGUUUAACGGUGGCCGACAUGACCGGCGGUACAUUCACGAUUUCCAACGGUGGCGUGUACGGCAGCGUCCUCAGCACGCCGAUCAUCAACCCGCCGCAGUCCUCCAUCCUGGGCAUGCACUCGAUAAUCAAGCGCUGCGUGGUGCGCGACGACGCCAUGGCGAUCCGCCCCAUUAUGAACCUCGCGCUCUCGUACGACCACAGGCUGAUCGACGGCCGCGAGGCGGUGCAGUUCCUCAUCGCCAUCAGGGAGGCGAUCGAGAACCCCGAGGUCCUGCUAAGCAACUGA